AUGUUUGCUAAAACUCUUCUUCUCUUAUUGCUUUUUCCCUAUCUAAUUUCUACGAAACCAAUUGAAUUAACAGAUAAGACAUGGAAAAAUAUGUUAAAUGGUGAAUGGAUGGUAGAAUUCUAUGCAACAUGGUGUGGAGCUUGUAAGCAUUUUAAACCAAUAUGGGAUGAAUUUUCUAAUGCAAUGUCACCAAAAAAACUUAAAGUAGCUGCUGUUGACAUUGAUCAAUAUCCUUCACUUUCGGGUCGUUUUCGUGUUUCAACGUUACCUACGAUUUAUCAUGUACGUGAUGGUGCUUUUCGUCUAUACGAUGGUGAACGUUCAUUGCAUGCUUUAGACAAUUAUAUUGCAAAUAAAGAAUGGCGAAAAACAGAACCAAUUCCAUCACAUUCUGCUCCAGAUAGUAUUUUAAUGUCAUUGAACAGCAUAGCUUUUGAUUUAUCGAAUGUACUUAAGAAUACUUAUACAUUAAUGCAUGAACAAUAUGGAUGGCCAACAUGGGUUAUCUAUGCUAUUCUUGGUAUUGGGAUUGUGGCCUUAGGAGCUUUCAUUGGAUUUCUUUCAGUUGUGUUUGUUGAUUGCUGUAUGGCUAUUUUUUCUAAAAUUUUUAGAAGUGCUGCUAAAAAAGAUAAAAAAGAAUUGGUUGAAAUUGAUGCAGAAAAAUUAUUAAAAUCAAAAGAACAAAAAAAUACAACGGCUAUUUCAUCAACAGCACAAGAAACAAAAGUUGAAAAUCAAGAAAAGAGCGCGUCUGAACUGGAUGAAAGUGAUGGUUCAGGUAAUGAUUCAAAUACUUCUGAUGUCGUUCAAGAGAAAGAUGAACAGGUAGAACAAACAACAACUGAUCAGACACUUCGUCAACGUCGAUUAGAAAAAUAA